UUUCAUUGCGUCGUCAUGGCAACGCGUGUCGAUGAAUUGGCUGGAUUGAUUGCAUGCUUUUUAAAUUUUUCUGUCGAUUGAAUGAUUUGAUGGCUUUUCGUGGUGGAGUUGAAUCAUUGCUGCUGUAAAGUUGGAAGUUAAACAGUGGAAUGUAGGGGUUUCGAGUGCCUUUUCAGACAUUUUGUUCUUUUUUUGGGUCCUACCUUUUGAAAAGCAGCACGAUGUUUUCAUUUGUAAGCCCUUGAUCGGAUCAUGAAGUCACUAACCAGCUGCUUUUGCCUAUCGAAAGCGAAAACUUCGCUUGGGUUUGAAGAGCAUGCCAUUCUUGCCUCUGAGACAACUUUUAAUGUCAAUGAAGUAGAGGCGCUACAUAUCCUGUUCGAACAAUUGAGCAAUUCAGUGAUCAAUGACGGUCGGAUUCACAAGGAAGAAUUCUUGAAUGCGCUUUUUAACUGCAGCAGCAGGAAUCUGCUUGCGGAAAGGUUGUUUGAGCUAUUUGAUCCUCAGCACACUGGGGUAAUUGAAUUUGGAGAAUUUGUUCGGGCAUUGAGCAUCUUCCAUCCGGACACUCCAGAGUCAGAUAAGAUAGAGUUUGCAUUCAAGUUGUAUGAUCUCAACUGCACCGGCUACAUAGAACGAGAAGAGCUGAAGGAUAUGGUGAUGGCUACACUCAGUGAAUCGGAGUUGUCGCUUUCAGAUGAUGAUGUCGAAGCAAUUGUAGACAAGGCGUUCUGGGAGGCAGACUUGAAAAAAGAUGGAAAAAUAGAUCCAGAAGAAUGGAAACAAUUGGUUGCCAAGUAUCCUUCUCUUACAAAGAACAUGACUCUUCCAUAUUUGAGGGAGAUCACUCUUGCUUUUCCCAACUUCAUCAUGGAGACCGAAGUUCCAGAUUCAGAACUGAUUUGUUGAAGUUACAAGCGAAAUUGGAAGAAGCUGUUCGAUUUCGAUACAAUUAAGGUUGUUAACACUUCAGAUAAAACCAUUGAUGGUAAAUAAAGUUACAUAAUUUAUUUUCCAAAACCUCAGUGAAUCAGUUACAUAGUAUAGCUUAUAGGCCCAAAAUCUCGGUGAAAAUUUAUAUUUACAAUUUCAUAUUCGCCAUGUUAUGAGGAAAAAUCAAAAAAGAAAAACUGUAUAUUUAGUUCUCUGAACUGAUAACAACAUCAGGGGCUAAUUUCUGUAUGCUGACUGAAAAAUGUAUGAAAUGCGAGAGCUUCUUUCCGAACAUCGAC